AAUGAGUGGAGGGUAGACAGGUAUAUAUUGCAGGCAAGAUAGUCUGGGCGCCACACGUUCUUCUCCUGCCUCUGCCGUGCUUCAGGUAUCUGAAUCAUGAAGGCAACACUGGUGGCGGUGGUAGUGGUGGGGCUGACGCUGAUGACGGGAGGCGGCAGCUGCCUGAGUGACUACAUGGUUGGCGACGCGAUGCAGAAGCUGACGGGCUUCUUUCGCAGUGAAGGUGACAUGGUGAACCGGUUGAUGUCCUAUCAAGAAGCCGUGAGGCACUGUACCUGCUUUGUGCACGCCACCGAAGGCCACAAGGAGAAUGAAAAGUGCCAGUGUAUCAAAGACAUGAAGGAAUGCGACAAGAAACACAAAAUAGACAGUUCCUUGACCUUCGAAGAAACUAGGGAUAUACUUUAUAGAUGGGUCAACUGCCUGGGUCCCAAGAAACUACGUGUAGCGUACCGGUGCAGAGAGGAGAUGAUACACAACCCGUACGAAAUGAUGUGCAAGGACUGGACGUUGAACUGCGAAUAGAUUGAGUUCGAUCACAAAUACUACGACGACCCAACCAUGACUAGCUUGAAGGAUUGGUGACUUUAACUCAUAGCUACAGGCACACACGUCCCCCGUGGCCAUAGGCGAGCUAUAUAAUCUUUGUUUUAUCCAAUAAAUAUCUCAGCAUUA